AUGGCACUGAGCCCUCUCCACAGUGAAAACUGCUUCUGGCGUCCGCUGAUGAUGUCACAAGUGAGCACUCUAUUGCCUCUCCUAAUGGCUCUCAGAAGGAGCGUGUAGCACAAGGGGGAGCAAAGUACGGUCCGCCGGGCACUUCAAUCUGGCCCGAGAUAUAUUUUUUUACAUGUAUUAAAUAUUAUUAUAUAUGAGUUACGAUUUUUGGCCUAAAAUGACUCAUUCCAUGAUAUACAAACAAUCUCCAAUAGAUGGCGCUGUAGCCUGGCAGCGCGCAUUUGGGCCUACAGUCAGAUUCAGAAUGUGCUCAGUCAUCAUAGCCACUUCAUUGCUUGACGACUUUUCACGUGAAAAAUUUGUGCUACGAAAAUGAGAACUCUGAAUGCCGUGUGUUUAAAGAAGAAUGGACAGCAAAAUACUUUUUUACUAAUAUUGGACGUAAGGCGUCUGGUACUAAUAUUGGACGUCUGAUAUGCCAAGAAAGUGUUGCCGUUUUUAAGGAAUAUAAUCUCAAUCGUCAUUUUUCAAACAAGCAUGCUAGCUACGCUAGCAAUCUGUCCUCUCAGGAAAAGACAAGGAAGGCCUCAAAACUUGCCACAAGCUUAAAAACCCAACAAAAUACAUUUACAAAACGGUGCUCUACUCAAGACUCUGUAACUAAGGCAAGAUACGUAGUGGCACAUAAAAUCGCUAAGCAUAGCAAGCCUUUUGCUGAAGGGGAGUUUGUGAAAGAGUGUAUGGUGGAGACUGCUGGUAUACUUUGUCCUGAGAGUAAAAGCCAAUUCGAGAAAAUUAGCUUAUCACGCAGAACCAUCACCAGGCGCGUGGAAGUGAUAGGUGAAGAGCUAAUCUCAGAGUUCUCUGUAUUAUUCAUCAGGAAGCCCUGUAUAAAAGUGUGUUAAAGCUGGAAAAUGUUGUCAAAGUGGUUGUAAAACUUGUCAACUUUAUACGGGCAAGGGCUUAGCCAUCGUCAGUUAAUUCAGCUGCUCAAUGACAGAGGCAGAGCACCAGGACUUGUUGUACCAUUCAAAUGUUCGCUGGCCAGGCCUGGGGAAAGUAUUUUGCUGUGUGUGGGAACUGAGAGGGGAGAUGGGUAUGUUCCUUGAUACGGUUGGUAAAGCUGACGACUUAUCCGAGUUGAAGGACACAGACUGGCUGGGCGACUUUGCUUUCGGUGUGGACAUAUUGGGGCAUCUGAACAAUCUAAAUGUGAAACUGCAGGGAAAUUGUGUUUUUGUGCAUGAACUGUAUUCCAACGUGAAAGCAUUCAAGGCCAAACUUAUGUUGUUCUCCAGACAAAUGAGCAGCUGGUCUCUCGCUCAUUUUCCGACACUGGCCGCACUGAACGCGCCCACAUCGCAGUGCCGCACUGACACAUACAGUAGCACUUUGAUCAACCUGUAUGCUGAAUUUUACCGCCGCUUCUCAGACUUCACCAAGAUUGAGACUGAGCUGGAGCUUGUAUCAUGCCCCCUGUCUUUCGACAGUGAGAAAGAACCACCAGACACACAAUUGGAGUUCAUCGACAUCCAAUGUGACAGUGCUUUGAAGAAGAAGUACAAAACAGCAACAAUAGACCAGUUCUAUGGCUCACUGAAUGAAACAAAGUUUCCAAACAUUAAAAAGCACGCCCAAAGGAUGCUUGUUUUAUUCGGGUCCACAUAUGUGUGUGAACAAACGUUCUCAGUCAUGAAUUACAACAAAUCCCAUCACAGGUCAAAUUUAACAAAUGACCACUUGUCAGCUGUUCUGAGAAUCUCUACAUCAAAGAUGACACCAGACUUUGAUGCCCUUGCCAAGAGAGGUGACCAGACCCAUUGUUCACAUUAAGACUCAAAUAACUGUGACUGGGUAGGCAAGGAUUACGCUUUUUCAUGGUGAUGGUUUUGCAGUGAGAAUUAUCCAGUAAUGCACUUGGAUACAGGUAAUAACUAAUCAGUCAGAUUUGGGCAAAGGUGAUUGGAUAACUGUACAUAUGGCUCACAAUGGAGAUGAGAAUUGUUCCUUAAUAUACUUUCAAAAACAGAACAUUCCAAAUGAAAUGGCCGUUUAUUUUUACACAUCUGCUGUUACAUUUUGCAUGUCUCCAGUCAUAAUAUACAGUGCUGCUUGAAAGUAUGUGAACCUCUUGUGCAAUUACAGAUUUGUUCAGUUUUUACCAUGAAAUCUUCAUUUAAUCAGUAUUUUUGCUCUGACAUAACAGGUUUAUAUUUACAAAUACCAUAUGUUGGUGUAGAGGAAAUCAUGCGUCUCGUACAAAAACAAUGUUAAAAAGGAAUUCAUGCAGGUGCAAAAAUAAGUGAACCCCAAGUUGCAUUGGUUAAAUCAAGAAGGUAAGUAGAAUCAGGUGGGUAAAUAAUUAGCUACCAAAUGAACCAAUCAAAGGAGAGAUCGUUAGGAAAGAGUUUGGGCAGGACUCUGAUAAAUAGAGAUAAGAAACCUUGUCAGUUUGGGGUUACCCAUCCAGGUGAAUGCAAAGCACACCAUGCCGAGAGGAAAGGAGAGCUCAGAAGACAUCAGGAUGAGGGUAGUGAGAGCCCAUCAGUCAACAAGACAACGACCCAAAGCAUGCAAGCAAAUCUACCAAAGAAUGGCUCAGGAGAAAGAAGAUUUGUGUUUUGGAUUGGCCAAGUCAAAGUCCUGACCUAAAUCCAAUCGAGAUGAUGUGGCAGGACCUGAAGCGGGCAGUUCAUGCCAGACACCCCUCAAACCUCACUCAAUUGGCUGAGCUCUGUAAGGAGUGGGCAAAAAUCCCUCAAAACAGAUGUCGGAGACUGAUUACGGGCUAUAGGAGACGAUUAGUCCAAGUUAUCACUGCUAAUGGAGGUGCCACAAGCUAUUGACUGAAGGGGUUCACAUAUUUUUGCACACAUCAAAUCUGAGUUUCUGUUAAAUAAACCACUUUUGUUAAAUAAAGUCAUUUACUUGGAAUGUCUAUAUUACGAAUUGGGGUUUAGAUUUUAUGUUUAUUUUAAUAUUUUAUAGCAAAAUAAUGACCAACCCUGUAGGGUUCACAUACUUUCAAGCAGCACUGUAUAUCUAUUUUUAAGUUUGCAUAUUGUGACUGUAAGUUUGAUUGUACUUUACAAGGGUAGAGAUGCAGGAUCUGUGUGUGUGUUUGACCGUGUCUGUGAUGUUAUAAAUUAUAUCAAUUGUGUGAAAAAUGUGUGAGAAAUGUGUUCACAAAAAACAAGGGUAGAGAUGGUACAAGAGUAGAAUUGUUCUGCAAGCAUAUGUACACCUACAGUACACUAGUAGUUGCGUGUCAAUGUGAAAAUGAAUAAAGGCAUCACAUGUUUUGUCACUCAUAUAGUAUGUGGCCCUUCACUUGGUUUCAAAAACUCAAUGUGGCCCUUGAGCCAAAAGGUUCCCACCCGGUUGUAGAUAUUUCCCCAUUAUGAAGAGCAUAAACCGACGCAUCUGUCCUCUCCUUCAGAGAUCCCACCGCGUCACCGAGCCGCUGAGAGCUAUGCUGGACCUAAGUACUCGUUUGAGAGAGGCGGCCAGAUGUGCAAACUGGUGGUUAUUGGCGACAGGGACUCUGCUAGGAAACGGGCGCAAAAUGAGACUCGGUCUUGAUACGGGCCAAGGUGGACACCGGGAAAGGUGUAUAUCUGUUGCUCAAAUCAGCGUCUGCAGGUAUGUCCUUUAAACUGGAAACACACCUGUUUUGAAAUCCAGUGCCUUCCUGGUCCCGGCGACUUAGCCUCACUGCUGUCACCACCCACCACACCCACGCACCGCUGACACCCCACACCCACACACCACCCACCCUACACACACACCCCACCCACACCCACAAACUAGUAUUUAGCUAUGACAGGGACCAGGAACCUGCGCGGCAAUGACAUGGCACUGGCACUUCUUGAGCUGUACUCCUCACACCCCGGCUGCUGUUUAUUGAUCUGCUAUCCUGAGGGAAUUGCGGUUGCCAAACCGGCGCUUUAUUGUAUUGAAGAUACGUGAGCCUUGAGGAUUUGGAAUGAGGACGAGGAAGACUCGUGAUUAGGGAUUACACAUUCACACACUUACAGUGCACUUCCGCUUCCUUUCAACAACAAACAAAGACUGAAAACCUCAGUGCAACCCCUCUCACCCCACUCGUACCCCCCACUGAUGUCGUCCGAGUGAAGAUAACACCGUACACCUCACCUUGGACAAGACCACUCCCACCCCUGGCCUUUUGCAUCCCUUAAACAGACAGAUAUCUGUCUUGCUUUUAACCUUCCUCCUAGUUCAUAUAGUACAUUUCUCUGUUUUUAACCUAGCUUUCUCUAACGUGCAACUAAGGCAUUUGAAGCCUUGUCCAUCCAUUGACCAUCAUGCGCCUUGCUUAUGAGCGCCUAUAACGGAUCCUGGCUCCUGCAAUCUCCACCGUGUUAUGGGGGCUGUCCUGGGUCACUCUUCACAGUUUAAGUCCCUUUUUGAAGGUGCCAGCAUCCCCGAUACCAGGUCCCCCUAGACAAAUUUCGUGUCCCGCUUUGCAAAGGACCAUUAUCCGCUCUCUCGCUCUUUUACUCCCCUUUCCGCCAACCCUUAGGUCGGGCUACCUCUAUUCAACUCUAGAGCAUGUUUAUUGUACUCUCAGCUAUGGUUGACAUCGCUCUACGUUUGGAAACGUUUGGUGUGGGAGACCCCGAGCCAUGUGAGACGUCGAGCUUUUGCAGGCCUGUCAUCUCUCUGUUAGCUCUGGUUUCAUGUCACCCCACUCUCUGAAGGCUGUCCCCUCUCGCUUUCCCACGUGUGUAACUGUCCCCCCACUAUUACACUCUUUCCAUCUUCUUGUUUUCCCCUCGUUCGCCGUUUUAGAACUUUUUUCCUGGCGCGAUUAGUCGUUGCAUUCGCGGAUUCGUCGUUUGUCAGACAUUAUUCUUUCUCAACGAGAUCAGAGCGAGUGGGGCUUCUUUUGCUCGUCUGUUGCCCCAGAGAAUCGUCAUACCGUCCGAUGUAUCCCCUCCUCCCACUAUCACCCCGCUUCCGUGGCCAAGCAUGAAGCGAAGCACGGUCACUCGGUGCAAUUCACCCCCGGGCCUAUACUCUGCGCCACCUUGUCCAGGGGGUCUUUGUUGUGGCCACCCGUGUCAGACUCAAGUUGAGUAGCCUAGUGCCUCUUGUUCAGAAAAUGAUUUUCUAGCGUGCACCUCUCCCUUAGGGUGCCACCCCUAUCUUGUACUUUUUCGGGCGUGUCACGCCCACACAGACCGAGCUCCUUUUUCUCUCUCCUCUGCAAAUUAGCACGAUCCUCAACACCACCACAUACACCAACCAACUUUACCAAAGCGGCCUAUGAGCGGGCUGGGGACAAUCCACAGUUUCAACUACACUGCUCGUCCGCGAUUGUCACAAAUUACCCAGCCAUCCCUAUAAGGCAAACCCGAAGACGCACCGUAACUCUGGCUUAGCACAGUACAUACCGCUGCCAGCCCCCAACAUGGCAAAAUGAGGUGUCCACCUAUCUUAUCGCUCAUUAGCAGCAUGUGGUCUGAUCAUUUCCAGUGACCGACUUUGUCAGAGCAUUUUACCCCUUGAAAAUGAGCGAUGAUAGGAUAGGGUAGCUCAACGUUGUAAAGCGCCGGAAUUAGGAAUAAUCAUGACCACUUUUUGAAUCUGCAUUCCCCAGCUUCGCCAGUAGCCCCCACACCGUUGACCGGCUCCCAUUUCAAACACAAGUGUCAUGCUUUCAAUGGAUUUGCUAACCCCAACAUGCUCGUUUCCCCCCGCUCCGCCCUCCCGCUUACACCGAGCAGAGAGUUUAAUCAGGGUUACUUCUCCCCAGUUUCCAUGCCCGGUUGCCAAAUCAAUCGGGGAAGAGCAAGUCCAUGGUUUACAGAGGAUUGGGCAGUACAACAGGAUCAGAGUUCAAGCCGCCAUGAGGAACGAGUAGCCUUGUCCCGUAACGUCUAGUGUCCGUGGUGAGCCAAAAGGAAGGUUUCCGGUAGUGGAAAGCCGGAUGGUUUUCCCGUUGGCCGGCGUUAAGCGGAGGCAGGAGGUCAGGCUUCCAAUAUCUGGGUAGUCUUGACUAUGAUUCUGCGAUGAGUGUGACGCCAUUUUGUGAUUCGGCAACCCCCUAAGGAAGCUGAUUUGAUCCCGGUGUCCCGAUCUCCAUGGUGACCUGAUGAUGACAGCCCUUUGGAACCCUUGUGGACCCCAAUAACUCGCACACACUACAGAUCUACCGACUCCUGCUUCUAAUCAACCCCCCGGACAGGCACAGCGCCUGGGAGGGGGCCAUUCUUUCAGCUUUUUUUAAUGCACCCAACAGUGUUUCCUCCUUUCCGAACCGCUGACUUGGUUGCAAGCACAACGUAAGCUCUCGUCAGCAGCCACAGAGCGUGAGCAAGAAUGGGCUGACACUUCUCUGAGCUCGUCAGGGUACUCGAAUUCCAGUAACCCCCACGCCUGCACCAAUGGCAUUCUCCAGCCGGGGAUGUUGACGCACCCCCUUCCCGGAUGGCCGAACACGGGGGGAUUCCGCCUUACUCGGGAUGUGUAACCCCCUAGGAAAUUCCACGACUCUGCUUUCCCCUCCCCAGAUGUCUCCUUAUUGGAAACACUUAUUCAUGUUCUGAAGCUUGCAUUCCGUGGGACAGACUAAAGGUACCGUUACUAGGAGCCCUAACCCCCAAUCCACCCUAGGUACUGGAAAAAACCACGACCCCGGCGGCGAAAUUCCAGAUAGUCGUUCCGGAGGUUAUUCAAGUGUAGACAGGAACCCACCCCACGAUUCCCCUGGGCUUGGACGGCCAGUGGGGACGAGAGGUGCGGGGGCACACAAGCACGUCGGUACGUUGUCGCUCACCCGUCCACACCGGUUGAAUCUGGGAACACCAUGAAACGGUUGGAUCUUAUGAACCCCCUCCGUAGGGGCAUCGGAACGCAGGAGAGCAGGAUUAGCCCUUCAUAUCGCGUCCUGCAGGGGGUUAGGUUGCGCUUGCCGGCCGACGCUGGUGAUUAAAAAGAUUACCUUGUCGGACAGUAUCUCUACUUGAAGACGAGAAACAGUUGCCUAUAAAAACGCGGUCUCCUAAUCCUCCGGCGCCCCUCCCCUUCUACAGGGAAUCGCUCCCAAAUCUUUUCUAUGAUGAUACUGAGUAUCACCAUGCCCCUUGCCAAUUCAAGGUGCGACCUGACUUAAGACACUCCCCCUGUGAACAGGAGACGUGAGGUAAACGGGGAAGCUGUGUCCCGCUUGUGAGCCUGGCGUUGGCUUGCCUCUCGCAGUGACGCCGAAUGCGCCUGGGACAGAGUCUCAACCCUGGCCGUUCCGCCAGACCUCCUGUAUGCACGGUCGCCCGCAGCAGGUGGGGCACUGCGACCCGGAUGGUAACCCGCCAUUUCCCUCUCUUCGAGGACCGGGAUAUUCCGAGGGGAGGUUCGAUAACCCAGAGCCACACCCAGACUAACGGGAGGACAAACAAGAUUGGACAUGGUAAGCUAACGUAGCUUCUAAACUGGGUGCCACUCGUUAUGAGCAUAUUCCCCACCCCCAUGGUCUGGUCCACUACCCGCAUUGUGGAAUCCGCCCCACAUAGUCCCCAGGGUUAGUACCCCUGUGUGGAUGACAAGCGCACUUUGGAGCCCCCCGAAUGAGAGUCUGUUUGGCUUCCAUUAUCUCUUUCUUUAUUUCCAUUUAUCCUGGUUUGCAUCUAGCGGAGCCGUUUUGGGCUGGGGCCCCGUGUGGGGGGCCGGUGUGUCUGGGGACCCCCCCCUUUUUUUUGGUUGAUAUCCCCUUUUGAGCGAGAGGACAUUGGACCAGGCCUGGUAUGUGAUGGAACCGCUAACAAAGCUUUAUGCACGAACGCCUCGCAUCAUUACCUGGGGGCUACAACUGGGGACCCCUCGCCGAGACACUAUCAGAGGUGAUAUUGGAUGACCAGGAUGAGCGGUCAUGCUUUUACGGAUCAUGUUUCAACCAACUAUCCAGCCGCCCUCUGCCUCUGGCUUGUGGGCCAGUAGUUUAGGUCCCCCCAUUGAGGGCCAAACCCCACCACAUGAAUUCCUUGCGAACUUAUGAAAAACGAUCAAUCACCGCCACAAGAACGCAGGCUUCCCAGAUCGAGCUGGGGAAGUCCCCGUGAACACCAAAUCUUUUCCCUCAGUAUAUGUGCGACCACGUGGCGCUGUGCGUAUUGGACUUAGAGCGUCGCUGUCGUAGAUGACCUCACCGGUGGGCCCUGCCCCCGGUUGGAGUUUUUUACACUUCGCGGGCAUCAGACAAGUACAUGACAUAGCCACCUCCCAACCUGACCCCCUUUAGGUGCGUCGCAUGUUCCCUCAAAGAGUGUCCGCCUCCAGCUCUCUAGGGGCCCUACCAGAACUGCUCACGUUACGCACCAACCCGUCAAGGGUCCUACCCACGACGCUCUAUACACCUUCUUUUCACUACCAGCCUCUGCUACUGCGCUGCCCUGCUUCUUCCUCCGGUUUCUGGUGACACGGUAACGGGCCGAGUACGACUUUGCAUCUCCCACCAGGAUCUUUUGUGUUUCUUUUAAAGCACACUCAGUUGUACCUCGACACCCGAUGGGCCUAUCGAUUCUCAAGGUCCUAUUAUAGGCCCGGUAAACAGCGAUGCCCCAAACCUUGCGGUACGGUAUGGAGGACCCCUUUCCCUAUCCUGUUAUUUAUUCCGUCACAGCCUUGGCAGUGCGGUGCGAGCACUACGCUGUUGUUUGCUUGCCGCGACCAUCCACUCUUUAUCUACAUGCUCUAUGUUGUUAAUCCACGACCUCGGCACCCCCGUCGUGGAGCACCCUCGUUUCUCCUUGCCUGUCUCCCUCCCCCAACCCUCCCCCUCGCGUACCGCCUCCAAGACACUUCCGUGGAGUCUUGUCCGCGUCUCAAUACCUGCAUUGUUACCGUGUCUGUACUUGGCAAGAGGCUCGGCGUCCGGGGCGUUUUUUCCCCACUAACACCCCCUUUAGUUAUCACAUUUCAUGUUGCAAACUGCCAAAUUCGACAAGAUGGAUUAGGGCGUCCAGGGCUUUGUGAUUGUUGCCCGUCCUCGACUCCCCCCAGCUCCUUCACGGUCUAAGACAGAGUUCUAAACAAAUUCUUGUAAUCUCCCCAAAACAUAUGUUGCCCCACCCUGGCUUGACCCCUUGGGGGCUUGGUGAGCUUUGGUCGCUGACUGGAUUCGUCCUAUGCAAGAUCGUCUUAUGAUUUCCGUACAACGCCAUGACCAGGGCUUUUGUUCCGCCCCCCUUCUAACAAAUUGCCGCCAACUCCCGCGAGCCACGGCUCUUUCUCUUCUUAACGGCGAGCAGGUCUUACGAUCCUUUGCAAUAUAUCCUAAUUACUCUCCGACUGAGAAAGUUUCCGUUGAAACGAAAAAGUGCACAGGGCCAUUGGCAGUUUUGCAUAUCCUCAGGAGAACCUCGGAUCCCCUACGUGAUGUUGUCGACAAAACACCGCCCGACCCCAGUGCGGAUUUGCGCCACCUCCAACCACAAAACUGGCGCGUCGGGGUCGGCUGCAGCAGAAUGUGCGACCAUGACGUGCGACCAGCACGAUGUUUCCAGUUCUACCUAGAACGUGAAUAGGCCCCUUUCAAUUCCAAGGCCGAUACAGUCGUGGAUGUGAGUUGGGAGAGCGGUGGCCUGAGCCCAGUGGCGCCGCAACCUAUGCGGUCCUUGUUUUUGUAGUCAUUGAGAACUCCGUGUAGAAGUUCGCAAACCCCACGCAUGUUGAAGUGUUGCGGUCUUUUGUGUGGAGGGGGGCUGGCCCACGGUCAGCCAGACAUGUCAGAGAUCUUGCGGGUCCAGCCGCACUCCACCUGGCAUUAGUAACCCCAAUAAAACACGACUGGUCUCAGACACAUGAAAUUCAAAUUUCUGCCUCACUCACACUCUUCACAUAGCCGUUGUCUCCAUCCCCAAUCUUUUUUGCAAAACUUCGGCGCAAAUGCAGUUAUUUGUCUCCUGGAGGACUCUCCUCUGGAAAAUCAGGGAUAUAUCCAGAUUUAGACCAAAAAACACCGAUUCAACAUGUCCCCGAAGGAACAUUAUUCAAUAGUGCCUGAAAAACGCGGGGCAUUGGACACCCCAAAAGGCAUCACAGAUACUCAAAAUGUCCCCAAGGGUGUGUUGAAGGCAGUUCGCCCAUUCAUCCCUUUACGAAUGCGACUCGGUGAUAAGCCAUUUUUAGCUCCAGUUGGUUAGGUAAAGAUAGUGCACCAUGAAGGGAGGGCGAAAGAAAAAAAAGCAGAAUGAAUUAAGCGGCAGAGGACAGAGAAUUGUUGUUUCUUUAAUGGUGAUGUUGUUAAGUCCACGGAACAAUCAAAAACAGUGGUUUGGGGUCUCCUAUCUUCUUCCCAACCAAACAAGACCGCAUCUCUACAGGUGACGGAGGAGGAACGGAAGAAUAAUAUUAUGCCGUCCAAGGAGUGCCCCGAAUUGUUAAGUUAUCAUUAUCCUCGGUCUCGGGGCCGGGAGAGAUUGUCAGGCGGAUGUAGGGAGAGGGGCUAUGGCGGAGGGAGGUCAAGGCGCAGUGUAAGGGCCGGUGGGCAGGCAGGAUAGAGACAGUAGUCUGUGUUUGCAGAAUACCCGGAUUUAUGCCAGGUCUGUUCCAGUAGGGGAUCAGCCCACCAUUGAGACGAUCCUGCACUCCAGUGGAGGUGAGGCACAUGUGCGGGCUACAGGUUGGUCCCUGAGCAGGAACCUACAAAAACAAUGUCACGACAAAAUGUGCUAAUAAACAAUUUUACCCUCGUCAACCAAUCAUGUGGGGCUUGUUCGUCCCACCUAGGAGACAGGGCCUGUUCCGGCCGCUACCAGGACAGGGGGGGGGGUCUGUGGGCAGUCCUUAUGGGAACUGAUGUUUUUCUCCCCGCUGCAUUUACCGCCACUAGAGCCAAACGCACAGUUCCUGUAUAGCGUUUCUUUAUACGGUUGCUCAACCUUGUCCAUUUCGCCCCUCGCCUUGAGGGACGGGUCCAUCGGUUCUCUAGUCCCUCUAACAUUUGUUGAGCCACCUUGAUCCAAAAAAGCUUAUCGGCACCAGAGUCCCCACCCCAGCGCACUAAUUCCCACCUUUCUUCCCGGGAUAAUUUGGGGACUGCAAUGGCGGGAUGCCUGCGGCGAGCCUGGCGGGGAGACGAGGAAGAAUCUGUGCCGGUCUCACCCCCCCAAUUUCCCCCUUAAUGAUCGCCGGCCCUUUUCCCGUGAUCACUGGGAGGACCACAGGCACCACGAUUCAUACCUUGCCUCUCACUUUCAUAUACAGGCGGCCCCGAGCUCCUGACCCUACGACGUGUCCCGUCAUUCUUGAGACCUCUCACCCCUCCUUUCCCCCAUCUCGCACGAUUUUUUCUUCCUCCCACAUUCCAAUGCUUCGGGUUUUCAAUGUUGCCCCCUAUGUAGCUCCGGGAAGACUGGCCCUACGUAGGGGGGAGAGGAGGGGAGGAGUGGUUUUGACGGGAUCAGACCAGGUGAUUCGGAAAAUACCAUCCUAUCUCCCGCGGGCAGUUGACGUCUCUUUUUCACCCGCAAUCCCCCCUGAGCUAUCACAAACCUCUCUCCAGAGGUGAGUGUUUAAGAAGAUGAUCCAGCGUAGAGCGCGAUCACAUAGGACACAUUACACCACUCAAUCCGUCAAAUUCGGUCCUCAGCACAAGCAUUCAUGAUAUCCUUUUGUAUGUCUCGUCAUUCCAAAUCCCUACUGUUUCCACCGGCUUAAGUCGGAAACUCCAGCCAUCUCCGCCACCCUGCGAAGAACCCUUUGCCGAAGAGAAACACACAACGUUUCGCAGCUCCUUGCCCCGUCCGCGCGGUGGUCGACCCAUACCUUCCUGACAUUCUCCAGCCUUUGGGGAAUUGGCAUAGAAAGCAUUUGCAAAUGUUCCCCCCCCCCUUUUUAUUCCCUCUUUCUUUUCGAGGAUCUUUCCCAGCACCGCGAUCCCCAGGACACGAGCGGGAACCGCUAGUUUCACGAUGUGUAAGGUAGGCCCUGUACGGACCUUUCGGAGGCGUAGCUCCCCCCGGGCGUAGGUGAGGGGUUUGGUGUUCUCACACCUCUUACUCACUAGAGGCACUUGAGUCAAGAAUCACUCACAGUUCCAGUUUUCCCGUAAUAGCGCUUGCGAGGCACGGAACAAUCAAUCCAGCCGCAAAUCUGCUACUGGGGUGGUAGGGGCAGGAAUUUAGGAAAAAAAAAGCCGGCUGCCCCAUUGCAAGGGCAAGGUGCUAGAUGGUAUGACAGGGCCCGAGGGUGAUUAUGUAACAAUUCGCGUGAGUCAAUGGGCCAGGGAUCACUGCGCACUUGGUGGUAGUUGAUUUAUUCCUUUUCGCUUAUUUAAUGCCCAAGAACGACGUUUCAGACAGAAAUAGUCUUACACCCCAAGCCCUAUAAUGUGGCCCCAGUUAAACGUGCACUCCCGUAUUUGGGAUGGCGUCCGCGACUCCUGAGUGCCCCGUGGUGGAUCCGAGCUACUGUCUGCUGGGUUCAUGUUGGUCAGAUAUAUGUCAUGAUUCAACUGGAUUGCACCAACCAAUGCAGCACCAUCCCCGAGCCCCAGAGAAGGUUUAACAGGUUUCUUACAAAGUUCCAAUUUGUCAGAGUUUCCCUUAAUAGGGGAAGAGGCACGUAUGGUUUAUGGCGGAGGGAACAGAUCCAGGUUCUUCAGAGCAGGGUGGUACCGUAAGUCCAGGCGUGGUGGUCACAAGGCAGGCGGUAGUGGAAAUAGGUGUGGUCCCGGCCGGAGUGCGUGAAGCGGAGGCGGGAGUAGGUCUCAAUCAUUGUGUUGCCGCGGACGGUUGAACGUUGACCGGGUGCCAAGACUUCAGACGCGGUCGUUGGAGGGUAUUGGACGGAUGUCAUUGGACGCGCGACACUCAGAAAAUCGCUCGGUCCCACCGUCAUAGUAAUGCGAUCUUUACCCCCCUGCAGUCUCAUGUGCCCCGCGAAGAUUCUCCUACUUACGAUACGCGCCUGUCCUUUUCUUCUUUUUAGCAUACUUAUGGCUCGCACCACACGCGCUGCCUGACUCCCCCACUCUACCCCCCCCCCCCCCCCCCCCUCGCCCCCCCCCCUCCCCCCCCACCCCGACCCACUUUGGUGCGUUGUUUCCGAACCGAUCGAGGCCCCGGCAAGCUGAACCUUUUAGUCCCUUCCUCACAGGCAGUCGGUUUUUUCUACGACACCAAAACACCCGCGCGCUCUCACAAGUUGGCGGGACACACCACCCCCUUCUACUGUGCCCAGCCCGGGCUCCAACCCACACACACUGAGAGGGCCUGGCACCAGCCGCGGGACCCUGCCCCGGUAAGUCGUGUCCCUUGUGUAAGGCGCACCGCACUCGGCAUUUCGCUGUUUUUGUCGCUCGCCGGCACCAGUGACCUGCCUGGGCGCCGCGAAGACGCACAUAUGCUCGGCUAUCACAUCCCCAAUGCACAAUUUGGGCAGCGCCAGAGAGGCAAGCUGUCCUUCUCUUUGUUAUGAACACCUGUUAAAAGCCUUGCUCUCCCCUUAGGACCCCUACGUAAUCAUAGAGAAGCUCCCCCACCCACACGGUUAUUGCCACACCACCACCUUUUCCAACCAAAACUCAACCCAAAGAAACCCUGAAUAACCUGAGAACACCCACGUGCUGUAACGCAAGCUUUUCAAACGGCGUAAUUGAACUCACCUCCAAGAGGACAACAACACACCAUCAAGAAAAUAAAAUAAACAUCAAAAAAAAAAACAAGACCAUAGCUCACCCCGCACACCAAAAAAAAGCCCACCCACAGGCCCAAUACGAGCAAGAAGAAAAGAGAUUCCAAUCCCGCUGGCAAUGAUUAUAUCGGGAAAAUACUUAUCCAACAUUAUUGCCCAUGAUACUAGAGUAGAUGCAUCACCUUCCAUCAAUUAAGCUGUUCACAAAUUGGUUGUCAAGCACACCCAAGCCUCACCUUACCUCGACAAAAAGGGAAACUGCACCCGAAAAGAACAAACUCAAUGUAUUUCCGUUCAAAACCAUUUCAAGCCGUUUGUACCGAGUUAGAACUACGACCUCGACUCCUAGGUUCAUACACUAUGUAGUGACAAUGAAUGGGCUUAUUGAAGGGUUCUCUACCAUAAGGUCGUUAGUCAGCUAAGGGUGUUAUAAUAGCCGUAAUGACAGCUUAGUCAGUGAAUAACAACACACAGUUACUCAUCUUCUCUCGAUCUCUCUCUCUCAUCUCUCUCUCUCUCUUCUCCUCUCUCUCUCUCUCUCUCUCUCUCUCCUCUCGUUCUUCUCUCUCUCUCUCUCCUCUCUCUCUUCUCCUCUCUUCCUCUCUCUCUCGCUUCUCUCUCUAUAUCUCUCUCGCUCUUCUCUCUCUACUCUCUCUCUCUCGUCAGCGAAGAAGCAGCAGGUGCAGGCAGUAAGUUAACGGAUCAUUUCCAGGGCCUUCUGAAUGGGACACACAGAUUCGUUGGCGGACGAGGCCUUCUGAAACGCCGUGCGCAGCUACUAUGAUGCAAGAGCUCACCCACCCUCACCUUCGACCAUAAAUGGCUAGGCGUCAUUGAUGCUAGGUGUGGUUUUGUUUUUUGGUUGGGAGGGUAGAUCAGACUGAAUAUUGCAGAGAGAUUGUAACUGCAUCAAGGUAAGGGUAGGCAGCACGGCCAAUCCCGAUCGGUUGAGAGAGAGAGAUAGAGAGAGAGAGAGAUAUAUAGAGAGAGAGAUAGAGAGAGAUAUCUAUAUAUAUAUAUAUAUACCAUACAUACACACCAUAAGACAGAAGCUACAGUAGCAGGUAAAAAUAAAAAGAAAUCCCCCUGUAUUACUUUCCAACCCCACCACCUUUCCCUAUUGGAGUAAACUAGUGCACAACAAUAUAGGCCUCUACUUCCAGCGUAUACUUACUAGCGACAUUUUAUGGACACAAGUCAAUUUUACCAUAAAUUAGAUUUGUUUGUUUUGCGCCUGAAACUUCUUCUAUCUCAACCUCUCCUCUCCUAAAUUUCAUGAUGUCCAUCCGGUUGCUUCUAUAGCCAUACUUCUACUGUGCUCUUCACAAAGCUCCCAACCUAAAACUAUAUACUUAUUAUGGACACAGGAUCGUUAACUUAUUAGUUAUCUUGUAUUAUUGUUGUUAGUUUUAUAGACCCAUCCUUCAAUUCCAUUCAACACCUCCAAUCUAUCUUUAACACAUCCAUAUAGGAGUUCUAUGGCAUAUAGAUUUAAACGGUGACUGUGAUGCUUACAAAAGAAAUCUAACUUUCUAUUCUCAUUGUUUCUACAGAUUGUAUUGAAAAAUAAACCUUUUUCCUAAAGAUAUUAAUUAUUGAUCGAUUACUAUGACUUUUCAGAUCACCCACUAAUGCUAUCUGCAAGGUUAGCUCCAGGUAAAAUUGCAAUCCUUUUAAGCCAUUCCUGGACCUGUGUCCAAAAACAAGUUACAAAUGGACAGUACCAAAAAAACAAAAUGCGCGAAAUGAUUCUGUCACUUUCGCAGGCAGCAAAAGCUGCAGAGCUGGGAAGAUGUAUCCCCCAUAUAAAAACAUUCUAUGGGAGCAAGAAUUUUAUAUAAUAAUUUAAAUUGGAGAUUUAAGUUUUGAAUACGGUGUCGUUUGCGUAUCCGUUCAUAAACCACAUGCCAUGGGAUCGGUACGUCAAAAAUCUCUUCCCAACUAUUUUGCGAAUCUUUAUGGGACGGCUGUCAAUCCUUUGGUCCUAAAUGAAAAAAUGAUUAUACUUCUUUAUUUAUCACGUUUACUUAACCAAUUAUUGUUCUUUUAAUGCAAGGCCGACAGACAACAAGUUCCCUUUACUUGCUCCCCCUUACUUUCCUCUUCCUUUUGCGGUAAGGAAGCAAUUAUUUGAUUGUAAUUUUGUGUUUAGAGCAGAAAUUUCAUCAGGUUUUGUAUUGCAUGUGCGACAAAACUCCAACCAGUCCUACGAUGAAUCAUUUUGAAGCUGAGACCUUUUGUAAACAUGUUUUCAUAUAAAAGGUUUUUGUCAAUUAGUAGAUUUUGAGUUAACCACAAUAUUGUUGCAUUUUUGUUCUGUAGUUUCUGGAGGAUUAAAAUUGAAAAUUGCACAAUUUCUAUGGCUGGUUUUAGAAAUAGUGAUAUUUGGGAGAUGAUUUCCUUUUAAAUAAAACUGAAAGUGGAGUUGUUGUAUCUGAAUAAGGGAAAAAGCCAUUCUGAACAUUGGGUGAGACAAUCUACUUAAUUGCUAGGAGAACCAGUUCGGAUUAAGUUAACUUUGUAUGACUGAAGCUUUUAUGAAGUUUCUAAUGUUUAAUAUUUAAAAUUAUGUCCUCCGGAAUUCAUAUUCAUUAUAUAAAUAGGCCCGUUUUUUAAUUUGUCUGGCUUGAGUUCCAAAUAAAAUUGAUAUGUUUUUCUUAUAGAAUUCAAUAAACGGUUCGCUAGGCGUAGGCAACCAUAAGCAAAUAGGUAAACUGGGAUAAUUACUAAGAGUUAAUCAGGGUGAUUUUCCACAAAUAAUUGACAGGUUAUUUACUUCCAUGGUAGCAAGAUCUAUUAUUUUGCUAACUUUCUAUUAAAAUUUAUUGAAGUGAGAUCAUUUAUUUCUUUGGGAUAUGUAGUCGGGAGUAUAUCCACAUCACCAUCAGACAAUUUUAUUGGUGUAAACUACAUGUAAUGUACAUUUUUUAUUUUUUUGUGACCAUACGGAAUAUAGACAUGUGUCCUAAUUGGUUGUAAUCCAGGAAGAGGUUAGAAAAUGUAUCUCGGAUCCUCUAUGAGGCUAUGGAGGAUUCUAGUUGUUGGAUUUAAGAAAACAUUAAUCAUCAGCGGACAAUGACACCUUGUUUUUAAAGCUGACCUAGCAAAAUUUUUCCUGCAACAACUGUCAAGAGAAGCACUCAACUACAGCAAGAUUGGAAAUAAAAGUUGAUUAGUGGAAAACCAUUGGACAAGGCUCCCACAUAGGCUAACGGAGAUAAGUCUGUCCACAUUGUGUCAGGAGAACGCAUGAUGAUUUAGUUUUGUUUAGUCGCAGACACAGUAACUUCAUGGGAAAGACUACUCCUCUGCCUCUACAUAUCAAUGCCCUCAGCAAAGAAAAGCUGUAUUAUAUUUUGCUAUGCAACCAAGCAUUGCCUUGGACACAAUAGUAAUCAUUAGAGAAUCUCCUAACAAGAAUGAUAAGGACUGAUGGCGUUUUUGAAAUGGUUGCCUCACAGGGCUUUGGGGGUUCUAUGCUGGCAAUGAUUUCUUCUGGGAAAUACUUUAUCCCACUUAUUGCCAUGAUAUAGAAGUAGAUGCAUCAUUCCAUCAAUACUCUGUUAAAUUGGUUGUCAAGCACCCCAAGCCUCUACCAUGACUAAAAGGGAAACUGCAGAAAAUACAAAAUAAUGUAUUUCCGUUCAAAACCAUUUCAAGCUUUUGUCACAGAGUAGAACUACUCUAGACUACUAUUUUCCUUUCUGAAUGAAUUGGGCUUAUUUGAAGUCUCUACCAUAAGGUCUACAUAAGGGUGUUAUAAUAGCCAGUAAUGACAGCUUAUGUCAGUUUAUAACAACACUGUUACUGCUCUAGCUCGUUCUCUUCUCUCUCAUCUCUCUCUCUCUCUCUCUCUCUCUCUCUCUUCUCUCUCUCUCUCUCUCUCUCUCUCUCUCUCUCUCUCAGCUGAAUAAGCAGCAGCUGCAGGCAGUAAAGGAUCAUUUCCAGGCCUUCCUGAAUGGGGACACACAGAUCGUGGCGGACGAGGCCUUCUGCAACGCCGUGCGCAGCUACUAUGAGGCAAGAGCUCACCCACCUCACCUUCGCCCCUAAAAUGGCUAGCUUCCAUUUGAUGCUAAGGUUGUUUUUUUUUUUUUUUUUUGGGGGGGUAGAUCAGCUUAAUAUUGCAGAUAGAUUGUAACUUCCAUCAAUGUAAUUGUCUGCAUCACUUCCAAUCCCCUAUGUUUUAUAUAUAUAUAUAUAUAUAUAUAUAUAUAUAUAUAUAUAUAUAUAUAUAUAUAUAUAUAUAUAUAUAUAUAUAUAUACACAUACAUACACACAUACAUACAUACAUAUACAUAUCCUUAAAAAUAAAAAAUAAAUCCCCUUUAUUACUUUCCAACCCCACCACCCUUUCCCUACUUGGAGUAAACUAGUGAACAACAAUACUUAGGCCUCUACUUCCAGCUUAUACUUACUAUCUACAUUUUAUGGACACAGUCAAUUUUACAAUAAUUAUAUUUUGUUUGUUUUUGCUCCUGAACUUCUUCUACUCUCAACCUCUCCGAUAAUUUUCAUGAUGUCCAUCCGGUUUGCUUCUAUAUGCCAUAUCUUUCUAACUGUGCUCUUUCACAAAAGCUCCCAACCUACAACCUAUAUACUUAUUAUGGACACAGUAUGCUUACAUUAUUAGUUAUCUUGUUAUUAUUUGUUGUUAGUUGUUAUUAGACCCAUCCUUCAAUUCCAUUCAACACCUCCCAUCUAUCUCUUAACACCAUCCAUAUAGGAUUUCUAUUUGCCAUAUAUAUUUCAACUGUACUGUGAUGUCUUACAAAAGUUCUGAACCUUUCUAUUCUCAUUGUUUCUACAGAUUGUAAAUUGAAAAUAAACAUUUUUCCUAAAAGUAUUAUUAUAUUAUUGAUCGAUUGACUAUGACUUUUCAGAUCACCCACUAAUGCUAUCUGCAAGGUUAGCUCCAGGUAAAUAUUGCAAUCCUUUAGCCAUUCCUGGACCUGUGUCCAAAAACAAGUUACAAAUGGACAGUACCAAAACAAAUGCUCGAAUGAUUCUGUCACUUCGCAGCAAAAUCUGCAGAGCUGGGAAGAUUGUAUCCCCCAUAUAAAUAACAUUCUAUUGGUAGCAAGAAUUUUAUAUAAUAAUUUAAAUUGAAAGAUUUAAGUUUUGAAUACGGUGUCGUUUUGCGUAUCAGUUCAUAAACACUAUGCCAUGGGAUCGGUACGUCAAAAAUCUCUUCCCAACUAUUUUGCAAUCUUUAUGGGACGGCUGUCAAUCCUUUGGUCCUUAAAUGAAAAUGAUAUACUUCUUUAUUUAUCACAGUUUUCCUUAACCAAUUAUGUUCUUUAAUGCAAGGCCGACAGACAAGUUCCUUACUUUCUCCCCCUUCCACUUUCCUCUUCCAUUUUUGCGGUAAGGCAGCAAUUAUUUGAUUGUAAUUUUGGGUAGAGCAGACAUUUCCAUAUGUUUUUGUUAGCUGCAUGUGCGACAUAACUCCACCAGUCCUACCGAUGAUAUCAUUUAUGAAGAUUAUACCUUUUUUAAACAUUUUGUCAAUAUAAAAAGGUUUUUGUCAAUUAGUAUAUUUGAGUUUAACCACAAUAUUUGUUGCAUUAUUUGUUCUGUAGUUUCUGGAGGAUUAAAUUGAAAUUGCAACCAACUUUCUAUGGCUUGUUUUAGAAAUAGUGAUAUUUGGGAGAUGAUUUCCUUUUCAAAUAACUGAAAGUGAGUUGUUGUAAUCUGAAUAAAGGGAAAAAGGCCAUUCUUGAACAUUGGGUGAGACAAUCUUACUAAUUUGCUAGAGAACCAGUUCGGAUUUAAGUAUAACUUUUGUAUGACUGAAGCUUUUAGUGAUAGUUCUAAUGUGUUAAUAUUUAAUAAUUUCUGUCCUCCGAAUUCAUAUUCAUUAUAUAAAUAGGCCCGUUUAAUUUUGUCUGGCUUGCCGUUCCAAAUAAAAUUGAAUAUGUUUUUCUCAUAUAAUUUCAAAAACGGUUCGCUAGGCGUAGGCAAGACCAUAAGCAAAUAGGUAAACUGGGAUAAUACUAAAGAGUUAAUCAGGGUGAUUUUUCCACAAAUUGACAGGUAUUUACCUUUCCAUGGUAGCAAGAUCUUAUCUAUUUUUGCUAACUUUCUAUUAAAAUUUAUUGAAGUGAGAUCAUUUAUUUCCUUUGGGAUAUGUAUUCGGAGUAUAUCCACAUCACCAUCAGACCAUUUUAUUGGUAAACUACAUGGUAAUGUACAUUUUUUAUUUUUUUGUGAUCCAAUACGUAAUAUAGUACAUUUGUCAUAAUUUGGUUGUAAUCCAGAGAGGUUAGAAAAUGUAUCUAGAUCCUCUAUGAGGCUAUGGAGGGAUUCUAGUUGUGGAUUUAAAAGAAAACAUUAAUCAUCAGCGUACAAUGACACCUUUGUUUUUAAGCCCUGGAUUUCUAAUCCCCUUAUAUUAUUGUUGGAUCUGAUUUUAAUAGCUAAUCUCGAUGGCCAUAAUAAAUAGAUAUGCCGAUAGUGGACAACCUUGUUUCACUCCUCUUGACAGUUUAAAACUUUCUGAGAAAUAUCCUUGAUUUACUAUUUUACACCUAGGGUUACUAUACAUUAAUUUGACUAUUUUUAUAAGAGAUUCUCCAAAAUUGAAAUGCUACAGGCAUUUAUAUAUAAACACCAGUCGUACUUUACCAAAUGCCUUUUCGAAGUCUGCUAUGAAUAUCAGGCCUGGUUUCCCAGAUUUUCCAUAGUGUUCUAUUGUUUCCAAUACUUGCCUUAUAUUAUCUCCAAUGUAUCUUCCAUGUAAAAAACCUGUCUGAUUAAAAUGAAUAAUAUCCGACAAUACCUUUUUAAUUCUAUGCGCUAUACAUUUUGCUAAAAUUUUUGCAUCACAACACUGAAGUGUAAGGGGCCUCCAAUUUUUUAAAUGGACUGGAUCUUUAUAUUUUCCACUUGUAUCCUGUUUCAGUAAUAAUGAGAUCAGACCUUCUUCUUGAGUGUCAGAUAAUCUACCAUUUACAUAGGAGUGGUUAAAACAUGCUAAUAACGGUCCUCUUAGUAUAUCAAAAAAGGUUUGGUAUACCUAGACUGGUAUGCCAUCCAACCCUGGAGUUUUCCCGGACUUAAAGUCUUUAAUUGCAUCCAGAAGUUCCUCCUCUGUAAUUUCACCUUCACAUGAGUCUUUCUGAAUGGCUGUUAAUUUUACAUUAUCAGUAGAAAAAAAAUCUCUACAAUUAGCUUCAAUUAGAGGAGAUGGAGGUGACUGAAACGAAAACAUAUGCUUAAAGUACUUUGUUUCCUCCUUCAAAAUAUCAUUUGGUGAAUCAUGGGUGACUCCGUCAAUUGUAACCAGUUUCAUUAAAUUAUUUUUGGUAGCAUUCCUAUGUUGAAGAUUAAAACAUAAUUUUCCCCAUAUUCCAUCCAGUUUGCUUUAUUAUUAUAAUAUAUUACACUUGAUCCUUCUUGAAUAAGUUUCUCAAUUUCUUUUUGUUUUUUCUCUAAUUUGUUCUGAGCCUCUAUGUUACAGUUUUUAUUGCCAUCUAUCUGUUCUGUUAGACUUUCUAUUUCCUUUGUUAGUAUAAGGUCUUUUGAUCUAAAUUGCUUUUGUUUUCGAGAUGAGUACUGAAUUGCAUGGCCUCUAAAGGCACAUUUUAAAGGUGUCCCAUACAAUAAGGGGAUUUGCUGUCCCUACAGUGAGGGAAAAAAGUAUUUGAUCCCCUGCUGAUUUUGUAUGUUUGCCCACUGACAAAGAAAUGAUCAGUCUGUAAUUUUAAUGGUAGGUUUAUUACAACAGUGAGAAACAGAAUAACAAAAAGAAAAUCCAGAAAAACGCAUGUCAAAAAUUGAUUUGCAUUUUAAUGAGGGAAAUAAGUAUUUGACCCCCUCUCAAUCAGAAAGAUUUCUGGCUCCCAGGUGUCUUUUAUACAGGUAACGAGCUGAGAUUAGGAGCACACUCUUAAAGGGAGGGCUCCUAAUCUCAGCUUGUUACCUGUAUAAAAAGACACAUGUCCACAGAAGAAAUCAAUCAAUCAGAUUCCAAACUCUCCACCAUGGCCAAGACCAAAGAGCUCUCCAAGGAUGUCAGGGACAAGAUUGUAGACCUACACAAAGCUGGAAUGGACUACAAGACCAUCGCCAAGCAGCUUGGUGAGAAGGUGACAACAGUUGGUGCGAUUAUUUGCAAAUGGAAGAAACACAAAAUAACUGUCAAUCUCCCUCGGCCUGGGGCUCCAUGCAAGAUCUCACCUCGUGGAGUUGCAAUGAUCAUGAGAACGGUGAGGAAUCAGCCCAGAACUACACGGGAUGAUCUUGUCAAUGAUCUCAAGGCAGCUGGGACCAUAGUCACCAAGAAAAUAAUUUGUAACACACUACGCCGUGAAGGACUGAAAUCCUGCAGCGCCCGCAAGGUCCCCCUGCUCAAGAAAGCACAUAUACAGGCCCAUCUGAAGUUUGCCAAUGAGAGAACUGGGUGAAAGUGUUGUGGUCAGAUGAGACCAAAAUCGAGCUCUUUGGCAUCAUCUCAACUCGCCAUGUUUGGAGGAGGAGGAAUGCUGCCUAUGACCCCAAGAACACCAUCCCCACCGUCAAACAUGAAGGUGGAAACAUUAUGCUUUGGGGGUGUUUUUCUGCUAAGGGGACAGGACAACUUCACCGCAUCAAAGGGACGAUGGACGGGGCCAUGUACCGUCAAAUCUUGGGUGAGAACCUCCUUCCCUCAUCCAGGGCAUUGAAAAUGAGUCGUGGAUGGGUAUUCCAGCAUGACAAUGACCCAAAACACACAGCCAAGGCAACAAAGGAGUGGCUCAAGAAGUAGCACAUUAAGGUCCUGGAGUGGCCUAGCCAGUCUCCAGACCUUAAUCCUAUAGAAAAUAUGUGGAGGGAGCUGAAGGUUCGAGUUGCCAAACGUCAGGCUCGAAACCUUAAUGACUUGGAGAAGAUCUGCAAAGAGGAGUGGGACAAAAUCCCUCCUGAGAUGUGUGCAAACCUGGUGGCCAACUACAAGAAACGUCUGACCUCUGUGAUUGCCAACAAGGGUUUUGCCACCAAGUACUAAGUCAUGUUUUGCAGAGGGGUCAAAUACUUAUUUCCCUUAUUAAAAUGCAAAUCAAUUCAUAACAUUUUUGACAUGCAUUUUUCUGGAUUUAUUUGUUAUUAUUCUGUCUCUCACUGUUCAAAUAAACCUACCAUUAAAAUUAUAGACUGAUCAUGUCUUUGUCAGUGGGCAAACGUACAAAAUCAGCAGGGGAUACUUUUUUCCCUCACUGUACAUCGUUUUAUUGUUUAAUUUCUUGAUUUACGUGGGUUCCAUAUUACGUUUUUCGGUAUGUUAUAUCAAGCUUGAUCAUUUUCAUGUUUGUGUCUACUGUACAUACAGUGCGAUGCAAAAAAUAACUGUUUCCCAGAGAUGCAGCACCGAGAUUAUACUCUAGGGUCAUGGCACAUUGAGGGUCAUUGGUAAAUUUAUCAGGAACUAUAACAAAGUGCAAUGACGGUAACCAACUGCAUUAAUUAGCUACAUUACCUUAGCAGUGCUACAUUAUUUGUAUUUACUUCCGGGUCCUUAUGAUCCCUGGUUUCCACUUGCACAGGGGUUCCUGAAGAGCGAGCGGGUGUCCAGGAUGGUGCAGAGUGGCGGCUGCUCGGCCUUCGACUUCCGUGACGUCUUCAAAAAGGACAUUGAGCGGCGGGUGCGCAGCUUGCCUAAAAUCGAUGGCCUGAGCAAAGAGACAGUGCUGAGCUCUUGGAUCGCCAAGUAUGACACCAUCUACAGGGGGGAUGAGGACCUGCGGCGCCAGCCCCAGAGGAUGCCCCUCAGUGCCGUGUCCGAGAUGAUCCUAAGCAAGGAGCAACUGUACGAGAUGUUCCAGCAGAUUCUGGGCAUCAAGAAGUUUGAGCACCAGCUGCUGUACAACGCCUGUCAGGUGAGCGAUGGACCAUAUGCACAAACACACACUUUUUUGCCCUCUACGUUUUUAUUGUUAUCUAUUUCUUGAUUGUUUGUGGUGUUGCCUAGGUAACCACACAAUUAUUCAUGCAAGGAUACAUUGUAUAAUCACAAUGCAAUGCGCCCAAUGGCCAAGUAGUAUACUAGUGGGGAUAUUGGAAUCAAUUGUCCUUUAAUCACCAGCUAAUCACAGGUCUCUUUGAAGACAUCUCUUUAUGGUCAGGGGCUGAUGAGACUUUUUAAUCAGAGUGCUCUCCCUCACCAUGGCCCUGUCAACUAAGGCAGGGGUGUCUUCCCUCCCCCUUUACCUUUUACCAGGGGGUCUUCCAUUGCCCCCAAUUAGUAGUAAGAGAUGGCUGUAACUAGUUGGCGUAUGUUGGUGUGAUCAGUGGUUACAGUCAUUUGUAAACUGUAAACGAUUUGGGCUUAUUCAUCUGAAGGGUAUUUUGAAAUGCAUGCCAUUGUUACAAGUACUGGGAGAAGUAAAGGCUCUUUUGACCAAAAAAUGGGCUCUAAGCAGAGGAAUCAUUAAAUGACUUCAAUCCCAACUUCCUAGCUAAUUAAUGAAUAGUAAGUUUGUUCUCAAGAUUAUUGCAAAGAAGGCUGUGCUAAUGCUUUGUUUAUUUUUAGGUUUACAUUUCAGGCUUACAUUUAUAUUAUUGAGCAAUUCCAAUAUGUAUAUAUUAUUAUUUGUAUUAUUGUUUAAUACAUUUCUCCUUUUUACCUGUACUGUUAGAGCUUAAGAUUUGCACUGUACCCUGCAAUUACAUCUGCGACCCUGUGCUAAUAAACUCUUCUAAAAAACAUCAACAACAGAGUGACACUGAGAUUCAGAUUGUUCACGUUAAAAUGUAUGUCUUCAAAAAUCAAUGAUUGCAAAGUUAAACAAACCAUACAACUCUAUGCACAAGCACUACUUUUAACAAUUUCCACUGCAAAUGUUACAAAAACACAUUUACUUGAAAAACAGUGCCGAUGCAAAGUUUGGUAACAUAAUGAUGGCACAAACAGCACAAACUGUCAUUCUGUGAGUGACAUACAAUACAUUUUAAAGUGAAAAAUCUCAGUGUCACUUGUUACCGUGGAAUUGCCUAUUACAUUAUCACCCAUACAUAAUGUGCUGUGAAGAACUUUAUUAGACCUGAUAAAGAAUAUAUGUCACUAUCAGUGUCGAUCUGCAGUGAAAUGUGAAUUGAAAUGUUGUUUUACAGUUCCUCCCGUAAAUUAGAUGUAGUCCUUUUCUUGUCAGUUCUAAUGGCUUUAAAGGCUGAUAGUGUUCCCACUUGUAAUACUUUGAAUGAUUUCAAAUAAUGAGACCUGCAGACACUAGACCUUGGGUGAUGACAAUCAGCUAAUCUCCAUAGCCCCCUUCUUUCUUUUGGCUAUUCACCUAUUUUAUUUUUGCUGGACAGUCAGCACAUACAAGUGCUUGUGAGAGCAGGUCUUGGAUCAGUUUUGUGUAUUCCACUAAUGGUUAGCAGAUAGAGACUCUUGAAGGAUGAAUUGGGGUAUACUUCUCCAAAACACAAUCUCAUGGCUGAGGGACUUAUGGCUUGAAAUUGGCUGAGGGACUUAGAGAAUGUGAAAUGAGAGAGAGAGAGAAAGAGAGAGAGAAUGAUUUAUCAAGUCACGUUUCGAGGGAGAUGCAACUGUGUGUGUGUGUAUCUAAGGAGGGGAAUGCUGAUGCGCUCAAUCCCUGGCAGGGAGGGUUUGAGAGGUGUGGGGGCAUAUUAAAUCCAAUCUAAUUUGAAUUGUCACAUGCUUCGUAAACAAUCAUCACCAAUGGAUAGGCUAAAAUCAUCACUGAACGGCAAACAAACGGCAUCACUAUAGUCUCUAGGCCAUACCGAGUUCAACGAGGUGCCCCACUUGGCCGUAGCUCUCUCGGUCUGACCGCAGCGACUGUGCAAGAAGGCCAAAAAUGAAGCCUGACCUACAUUUUAGGUGUCUUCGGGUGACAGCGGCAGAACCGUUGAGUCUAGAAACACAAUUCAACCACAGGACAGUUCCCAAGGUCCUCCCGAUCUGCUCAAGCCUACCCUUGACCAUGUGGAAUUAACCCUUAACAGUGAAAACAGGGUGUAUUUCAUCUUAGAGUUGACCUUGACUUCUAUUCCCAUAGGAAUACAUUGCCUGCUGCCCUAAAUUCAACCUGAUGCCUAUGUGGGUUAUGAUUGCCAUAUCAAACUGUCUUCAACGACAACCCAUCAGGCCACUAUAAGGAUACCUGUGUUGAUUUUAAGCUUCCUGGAGCAACCGGAAGUGGUUAAAUUGACCCUAAACAACAAUGCAUUCAACCCUCUGUAAAUCAGUCAGACUUGAAACUCAGGAUUCUGUAAAUGUGUGUCCCAAGGAGGAUAUAUAUGUUUACUUUCAGCUUCCUGUGACAUCCGGAAGUGCCUUAAAUUGGGGUCAUAGUGGCUGUUUCGAGGGGGUGAAAAAGGUCACAUCUUUCCAAAAUGUCAUAUGUGUGAUUAGGCAACCAUCAUGAACUGUAAAUCAGUCAGUUCUCCAAUCAGACCUCCAAGAAAAAACUCACACAGCUAAGAUGGAGUGACACAGUGUGUCUCCCUUAGGAUAACAUUGGUUUACAGGGUAUGCUCUAACUCUGCUUCCGUGCAUGCAAUUUGCAAAGUUCCUUUUGCCACAUGUUCAGGGUCACCGGUAGCUCUACAGAUAUCAAUAUAAAUAGAGUACAUGGUCCCCUUCAUAUCAUAAACUGAAAGUAUGAACUUGCAAUAUAUCUUAUGGCAAAUGCCAUUGUAACAUUUUGCAAUUGGACAGCAAUCAAGUCAGCCAUCUCAUUGCUUAAAAUCAUCAUAAACAGUCAAAGGACAGCACAUUUGAAUUGUAUUUGUAAAGUAGAGUGUCCCAGUAGUGUACUUUAUUAGUUUAAACCCUUUAACUGCAUGUCCAAUUUGUGAUGGUAAAUGCCCAUUGUAAUAUAUUGCUAAUGGACAGUGUCCAUUUCCAAUAUGUUUAAACAGGGAUUUACCAUCACCAAAUAGACAGGCUGAAAUCAACACCAACGAGCAAGGGAGAAGAACCACUAUCACUGCUAGGCCGUUCCGAGUUCGACAAGGUGCCCCACUUGACCGUAGCUCGCUCGGUCUGACCGCAGAUGUUAAAUGCCCAUUGUAAUAUAUUGCUAAUGGACAGUGGAGGAGGAGGAAUGCUGCCUAUGACCCCAAGAACACCAUCCCCACCGUCAAACAUGGAGGUGGAAACAUUAUGCUUUGGGGGUGUUUUUCUGCUAAGGGGACAGGACAACUUCACCGCAUCAAAGGGACGAUGGACGGGGCCAUGUACCAUCAAAUCUUGGGUGAGAACCUCCUUCCCUCAGCCAGGGCAUUGAAAAUGGGUUGUGGAUGGGUAUUCCAGCAUGACAAUGACCCAAAACACAUGGCCAAGGCAACAAAGGAGUGGCUCAAGAAGAAGCACAUGAAGGUCCUGGAGUGGCCUAGCCAGUCUCCAGACCUUAAUCCCAUAGAAAAUAUGUGGAGGGAGCUGAAGGUUCGAGUUGCCAAACGUCAGCCUCGAAACCUUAAUGACUUGGAGAAGAUCUGCAAAGAGGAGUGGGACAAAAUCCCUCCUGAGAUGUGUGCCAACCUGGUGGCCAACUACAAGAAGCGUCUGAUCUCUGUGAUUGUCAACAAGGGUUUUGCCACCAAGUACUAAGUCAUGUUUUGGCCUGCUGGCCUGCUGGCCCCCCUACCUCUGCGGAAGCACAGUUCCCGCUCAGCCCAGUCAAAACUGUUCGCUGCUCUGGCACCCCAAUGGUGGAACAAGCUCCCUCACGAUGCCAGGACAGCGGAGUCACUCACCACCUUCCAGAGACACUUGAAACCACACCUCUUUAAGGAAUACCUGGGAUAGGAUGAAGUAAUCCUUCUACCACCCCCCCCCUACCCCACCCCCCAAAAAAUAAAAAAUAAAAAUAAAAACAUAUUGUAAAGUGGUUAUCCCACUGGCUAUAAGGUGAAUGCACCAAUUUGUAAGUCACUCUGGAUAAGAGCGUCUGCUAAAUGACGUAAAUGUAAAUGUAAUGUUUUGCAGAGGGGUCAAAUACUUAUUUCCCUCAUUAAAAUGCAAAUCAAUUUAUAACAUUUUUGACAUGCGUUUUUCUGGAUUUUUUUGUUGUUAUUCUGUCUCUCACUGUUCAAAUAAACCUACCAUUAAAAUGAUAGACUGAUCAUGUCUUUGUCAGUGGGCAAACGUACAAAAUCAGCAGGGGAUCAAAUACUUUUUUCCCUCACUGUAUGUCUGUUUUACUCUGCUAAUUGGACAGUCCAUUACACAUAAUACAUGCCAGUCUUAACAUGUUAUACUGCAAUUGGACAGUGUCCAUUGCCAAUGUAUAUAAAUAAGGACUUCCCAUUACGAAAUGGACAUGCUGAAAUGAACACCAACAAGAAAUUCUGAUUUCCUAUGACUUCCUAUGAUCAAACAUGACAAAUAGACCUUCUCGGUUGAUUCAGGACUUAACAUACUGAUAUAUACCAUUUGGUCAUUAUAUAGGCCAUUUGGACAUGGUUCACUGACUUUUGGAUUCGGAACCCGACUUCCUGUGAUCAUAUAUGGCAAAUGGACAUAACAUCCUGCUUUAGUACUUUCAAUACUUACAUAUGCCAUUUCGACAUUUCAUAUGCCAUUUGGACAUUAUAUAUGCCAUUUGGACAUGGUUCUGUGACUUUCGGGUUCGGAACCCGACUUCCUAUGAUCAUAUGUGAGAGGUGGACACUUUGCCCAUUUGGAGUAUAAUAUGUGACAAGUUGACAUUUUGACUACUUGCAGUAUAAUAUGCCUGAUAUGGAUAUAACAUAGAUCUUAUGGACAAACCCGUAUAAAAUAAGACAAAUCUAUAUCCAUACGGUUCUUUAAUAAUGUAUAAUUGAAACAAAAUCUGAGCUUUACACACUCUUGACAUUCUCUCAACCAGCUUCAUGAGGAAUGCUUUUCCAACAGUCUUGAAGGAGUUCCCCCAUAUGCUGUUGGCUGCUUUUCCUUCACUCUGCGGUCCAACUCAUCCCAAACCAUCUCAAUUGGGUUGAGGUCGGGUGAUUGUGGAGGCCAGAUCAUCUGAUGCAGCACUCCAUCACUCUCCUUCUUGGUCAAAUAGCCCUAACACAGCCUGGAGGUGUGUUGUGUCAUUGUCCUGUUGAAAAACAAAUGAUAGUCCCACUGUGCAAACCAGAUAGGAUGGCGUAUCGCUGCAGAAUGCUGUGGUAGCCAUGCUGGUUAAGUGUGCCUUGAAUUCUAAAUAAAUCACACAUUGUCACCAGCAAAGCACCUCCACACCAUCACACCUCCUCCUCCAUGCUUCACGGUGGGAACCAAACAUGCUGAGAUCAUCCGUUAACCAACUCUGCGUCUCACAAAGACACGGCGGCUGGAACCAAAAAUCUCAAAUUUGGACUCAUCAGGCCAAAGGACAGAUUUACACCGGUCUAAUGUCCAUUGCUCGUGUUUCUUGGCCCAAGCAAGUCUCUUUUUCUUAUUGGUGUUAGUAGUGGUUUCUUUUUAGCAAUUCGACCAUGAAGGCCUGAUUCACGCAGUCUCCUCUGAACAGUUGAUGUUGAGAUUUGUCUGUUACUUGAACUCUGUGAAGCAUUUAUUUGGGCUGCAAUUUCUGAGGCUGGUAUCUCUAAUGAACGUAUCCUCUGCAGCAGAGGUAACUCUGGGUCAUCCUUUCCUGUGGCGGUCCUCAUGAGAGCCAGUUUCAUCAUAGUGCUUCAUGGUUUUUGCGACUGCUCUUGAAGAAACUUCUUGAAAUGUUCCAUAUUGUCUGACCUUCAUGUCUUAAAGUAAUGAUGGACUGUAAUUUCUCUUUGCUUAUUUGAGCUGUUCUUGCCAUAAUAUGGACUUGGUCUUUUACCAAAUAGGGCUAUCUUCUGUAUAGGUCUAUCUUCCCCCCACACCUUGUCACAACACAACUGAUUGGCUCAAAUGCAUUAAGAUGGAAAGAAAUUCCACAAAUUAACUUUUAACAAGGCACACCUGUUAACUGAAAUGCAUUCCAGAUGACUACCUCAUGAAGGUGGUUGAGAGAAUGCCAAAAGUGUGCAAAGCUGUCAUCAGCUUUUUUGGUUACUACAUGAUUCCAUAUGUUUUAUUUCAUAGUUUUGCUGUCUUCACUAUUGUUCUACAAUGUAAAAAAUAGUAAAAAAAUAAAUACAAAUCCUGGAAUGAGUAGGUGUGUCCAAACUUUUGACUGGUACUGUACAUGGGGUACCAGUACCUCGUUGAUGUGCAGGGGUACGAGGAAAUUGAGGUAGAUAUAGUUAGGGGUAAAGUGACUAGGCAAAAGGAUAGAUAAUAGACAGUAGCAGCAGCGUAUGUGAUGACUGUGUAAGUGUGUGUGUGGCGAAUGUGUGCUGGUGUGUACGUGUUAUGUGUGAGUGUGUGUAUGUGUUGGAGUGUCAGUGUCAGUGUGAGUGUGUGGGUAGAGUCCAGUGUGUGUCAUAGAGUCAAAAAUAGUUAGUGCAAAAAGGGUCAAUGCAGAUAGCCAAAUAGCUAUUUAUUUAACUAUACUGAACAAAAAUAUAAACGCAACAUGCAACAAUUUCAAAUUGACUGAGUUACAGUUCAUAUAAGGAAAUCAGUCAAUUGAAAUCAAUUCAUUAGGUCCUAAUCUACGGAUUUCACAUGACUGGGAAUACAGAUAUGAAUCCGUUGGUCACAGAUACCUUAAAAGAAAUCUAUCAGAAAACCAGUCAGUAUCUGGUGUGACCACCAUUUGCCUCAUGCAGCGCGACAAAUCUCCUUCGCAUAGAGUUGAUGAGGCUGUUGAUGGUGGCCAGUGGCCACUCCUUUUCAAUGGCUGUGCAAAGUUUCUGGAUAUUGGUGGGAACUGGAACACGCUGUCGUGGGUGACAUGUCUGGUGAGUAUGCAGGACAUGGAAGAACUGGGACAUUUUCACCUUCUAGGAAUUGUGUACAGGUCCUUGCGACAUGGGGCAGUGGAUUAUCAUCCUGAAACAUGAGGUGAUGGUGGCGGAAGAAUGGCACGACAAUGGGCCUCAGGAUCUCGUCACGGUAUCUCAGUGCAUUCAAAUUGUCAUCGAUAAAAUGCAAUUGUGUUCGUUGUCCGUAGCUUAUGCCUGCCCAUACCAUAACCCCACCACCACCAUGGGGCACUGUGUUCACAAUGUUGACAUCAGAAAACCGCUCGCCCACACAACGCUAUACACGUGGUCUGCGGAUGUGAGGCUGGUUGGAUGUACUGCCAAAGGCAGUUUAUGGUAGAGAAAUGAACAUUCAAUUCUCUGGCAACAACUCUGGUGGACAUUCCUGCAGUCAGCAUGCCAAUUGUACGCUCCCUCAAAACUUGAGACAUCUGUGGGAUUGUGUUGUGUGACAAAACUGCACAUUUUAGAGUGGCCUUUUAUUGUCCCCAGCAAGGUGCACCUGUUUAAUGAUCAUGCUGUUUAAUCAGCUUCUUGAUAUGCCACACCUGUCAGGUGGAUGGAUUAUCUCUUGGUAAAGGAGAAAUGCUCACUAACAGGGAUGUAAACAAGUGUGUGCACAGCAUUUGAGAGAAAUAAGCUUUUUGUGCUCAUGGAAAAUGUCUGGGAUCUUUUAUUUCAGCUCAUGAAACAUGGGACCAACACAUUGCUAAAUACACUGAACAAAAACAUAAACGCAAUCUUAUUGCUUAGGGGUAGAAGCUGUUCAGGAACCUUUUGGUCCCAGAUUUAGCGCUCCGGUACCGUUUGCCGUGCGGUAGCAGAGAGAACAGUCUAUGACUUGGGUGGCUGGAGUAUUUGACAAAAUGUCCCGUUGAUAGGAUAGUCUCGAACGAAGCUUGUCAAGUUUAGAACAGAGGGUAGAGGUGGUUUAUUUACUCGUCACCACAGUCUUCGUCCAGAUCGAGGUGAGUGGUUGCUGUUCUGAUGUCCAGAAGCUUUUUAUGAUCUGCACAAAAAAAAAAAAAAAAUUGCAGAUUUGGUUAUGAGCCUGUAAAACGCUGGCUAUGCAUCCUAGCGUCAUCUUAGACUCAUCACAGCUAUUUCUGGAUGCCUCUCUCUGGAUCAAUGCUCUGUAUAGAGACCCAUUGAUUAGGCUCUCCCAGCUAUUGAUCUGGCAACCCUGCAUUAAUAGGCCCCGUGUAGCUCAGUUGGUAGAGCAUGGCGCUUGCAACGGCAGCAUUGUGGGUUCGAUUCCCACGGGGGGCCAGUAUGAAAAUGAAUGCACUCACUAACUGUAAGUCGCUCUGGAUAAGAGCAUCUGCUAAAUGACUAAAAUGUAAAAUGAAAUGGCGCAAGAGAGGCGAGAGCUCUAAUGUGUUUGGAAUGGGCAGAGAUUGGUCUGGGUGACAAUAACCUGAUUAAGGAUUUGAUAAGGGUGUGAGGGAUUGUUUGUACAUUCUAUCAUACGAUCGAUUUGUUUGACUGCCUUUGAUUGAUCCUCUUUCUCUCGCAUGCUCUCUCUCUCACUCUCUCUCAUAGGCUUUCCUUCCCUCCAUAUUCACACAUUCAUUCAUGAGUCAUUCCGUUUAUACGCAAGUCUAUUUUUUGAGUGUUUUGCACAAGCUGUAUGAAGACUGAAGUGCCAAUAGUAUCCCUGAGAUACUGAACCUCUGGUGUGUCUCAGUAAUAAUCUAAAGCCAGAGAGGGACCUCAAUAAAGAAAAUGACGUAAACCAUAAGGACAGUGAAAAAGACAGUGGAGUGAAAGAAAGAAAUGGAGGGAGAGAGAGGGGGAGAAACAAAGGGAUGAGAUUGCUCAGGUGUGCAGGUGGAGGACUGUAGCUGCUCUGAGUGGGUGGCAUCCCCUGGUGAAGUGACAGACAGCAGGCAGACGUGUGUGUGUGUGUGUGUGUGUGUGUGUGUGUGUGUGUGUGUGUUUGUGUGUGUGAGAGGGAGGGAGGGAGGAACUGUGUGAGAGAGAGGGGGGGUAUGUGAGAGAGUGUGUGUGAGCAUAUAGCUUGACAUUUUUCCCCUCAAUCUCUAAUAAUCACAUCCUGGUGUUCAGCCGUGUUCACCACUGUCGUCUCUCGUUAGUGGUCGGAGGCAGAGGUGAGGCGAGGCGGGCGAGUAGGUGAGCUGGCAGGAAAGACUAAUAAAUUAUCACACGGCGCAAAGCGCUGGCUCGCCUAGACAGCCGCCGCUAGUCAGCUCUCAUAUUGAGCUCUCUCUCUCUCUCUCUCUCUCUCUCUCUCUCUCUCUCUCUCUCUCUCUCUCUCUCCCAUAUCUCACUCUCCCCUCUUUCUCUCCCUGUGCCUCUCAGGCACCAGGAAGCUGCCCAGACAGACAUACAGCCAGCCAACGUAAUCAAACCCAGAGUAAUCUCCAAAGCCUUCCUCCAUCAAAGCCCUUGGCUUAACUCCCUUUUCCUCCAGUCCGCUUUUUGAGUUCAGGGUUCAGAAAGUACCUUCAGAGACAGGAUUGGUAUCCCCGGCCGAAUAUGAUUUAAAGACGGGACCUCAGGACCGUUACCAGGAUUGUUAA